AUGCCACUGAGAGUAGCGGAGGAUGGAAAAAUAAUGGUCGGCGUAUCCUACGCCUUGAGGGGCCUUGGCGUGCGAGGAGGGGAGGAUGAUGAAUACCUCAUUGAGAAGUGGCCCGUGAACAACUCUAGCGAGAUAACUACAACUAAGGUCCCUACAAUCCUCCAGCAUGAUCCAGUCCGGUGGGGAGCCCAGGUGAUAGCAGACACAGAAAACUGUUCAUCACUUUUCAAACCAUUGCUUGAACCUAACUUUGAUCGGGAUAACCAUCCUUAUGCGUUUUGGAACUCCACAGUCGGUCACGGAGGGUUUUCCUUACCGGCCGACAAGACGGCAACUGACGUUAUAAAAGAUUACCUGGAGUUUGUCUGGAUGUAUUCAAAGAGAAUAAUCUCUGAUAAUACCCGCAAAGGGCUUGAUUAUCACCCCGUGCACUACACUAUCACUGUCCCGGGAAUAUGGGCAAGGGAAACCCGCAAAGCACUGGAACAGAUCGUCAAAGCUGCCGGGCUAGCAACGAAAGCGAGCGACAUAUUGACCAUGAUUCCAGAGCCCAUAGCGGCAGCCGUUGAUGUCUUCAGAAAGAAGGCAAACACUUUUCGGGGUGACGACGUCAUGCUCGUAUGUGAUAUUGGCGGGGGAACCAUCGAUGUAGGAUCGGUUCUUAUCCGUCAAACUGUGUUUGGCCGCUACAUUCGGCAGCUCGAGCCAACCCGAGGGAACCUUGGCAUGUUAUCAGUGGAAGCGGCUUUCUACAGGACAAUGGUUUCGAGGUUUGGGAACGCUUUCAUAGAUCAGGACGCAAAAUUCAUAGGCCCAAGCAGUGCCUUGAUUCGCGGGUUCCGGAAUUGCUUCGAGAAGUUCGUCCCGGAAAAUCUAGAGGAGCGCGGCUGGGCAUACCGUUUGCCGUUCAGGCCAGUACUAUCGACUAGUAACCCGGAAUAUUAUGACCGUCGCAAAAAGGAGAUCAUCCUGUCCGCUCGAGACAUACAAGUGUUUCUCGACCCCGUUGUUGAUAUGGCUCAUGUUUACUUGGUCGGAGGUGGGGCUGAAAAUGCCUACAUCUUACGGUCAGUCCAACGAAGAAUAAAGAAUGAACACGCGCUAGAUGUUUACACUCCUGACCAGCCGCAACUAGCCGUCGUCAAUGGAGCGGGAGUUUACGGCCUCGAUGACGUGCUCUCUAUCCACAGAUGUCCCCAGUCUAUCGGGUUCGAAUGUGUUCAGCAGUACGACGCAGACAGACAUGGUCAGCCACGACCGGGGCUCCUUACACGAGACCCUGUGGACGGUAGAGAGAUUGUAACCGAGGCGGCGAUCUGGGUAUUCGAUAUGGGGAGGACAUAUCACGAAGGUGCAGUGGAGACAGAAAAUGUUGUGGAAUACUUUCUUGAGAGCGAAUUUGGAGAUCGCCAUAAGAACAUAUUUGUGUCAGGAGAUUUACGGCCACCGGCUUUUGUGACUAAUUUGGACCCUCUUACUGCCAUCGAGAUUCGGUUUAGACAAGUCCCUGCAGGGAAAAAAGAAGUUAGAGAAGUUGGCGGUCGGAGGCAAGUUCGAAUUUGUUACGAAAUUUCCACGACUUUUCUCCCUAUUGACAACAAAAUUGAGUUUGUGGCAAGGAUAGGCAAUCAAGAGAUUGGACGUCGGAUGAUCAACAUGCCCUUUCACUGA